AUGAACACUGGAUCCGAUUGCUGUGGACCUAAUGAGGCUGUAUAUUCACCGACACCUGCCUGUCCCUAUACGUGUCAAAACCUGCACCAAAUCCAUUGCUUUGCCAUAAUAGGUGAGGCGUCGUGUCAGUGCACUAACGGCACGAUCAGAGACACGGCUUCCGGAAAGUGUGUCCCUCAGAGCCGAUGCCCUAAGAUAACCACACAUGAAUGUCCUGCUAAUCAAACAUAUGCUCAAACUAUGUCUGCCUGUCCGCCUACAUGUACGAACCCGAAUGGCCCUAUCUGUGAUGCCAUUAUCGAUAAGGCCGGAUGUGUCUGUAUAUCGGAAACAGUUCGCGACACCGUUAACAACGCCGUAUCAUCACCGACACCUGCCUGUCCCUAUACGUGUCAAAACCUGCAUCACAUCCAUUGCUUCGCUCUCGAAGAUGUGGCGUCGUGUCAGUGCAUUACCGGCACCAUCAGAGACACCACUUCCGGACAGUGUGUCCCUCAGAGCCAGUGCCCGAAACUGACCACACAGCCUACAUGUCCUGCGAAUCAAAUAUAUGCUCAAACUAUGUCUGCCUGUCCGCCUACAUGUGCUAACCCGAAUGGGCCCUUGUGUCAGGCGAUUAUCGUUAAGCCCGGAUGUGUCUGUAUACCGGGAACAGUUCGCGAGACCACUAACAAUGUUUGCAUCAAACCAGGAGAUUGUCCCAAAUAA